AUGCCUCGCGAUGCGAAUACAUUGGAGGUAGCUUACAGAGAAUCAUUUGUUAAUCCUAUAAUUCCCAAGGCAUUCGAGGAUGUGAACGACAAGAUCAGAGACAGCACCACCUACGACGUAAUGCAACAGAAUAACAACUUGAAUGCCUUCAAAGUUUUGGUGUACUUGUGUACCCGUGAGACAAUAAUCUACACAAUGCACCGUUGUAAAGGAGGUUUGCACAUUGUUGACAUCCUUACAAAUUUCACGAUUCCGGACAACAAGGACCAGAGCCGUGUAAUAGAUUAUUACCUUAAGUUGCAGGAAAUCUCGCGGAAGGCGCAGAAAUAUGCUCCCUCAAAUGAAAAUCCGUUAGAAGCGUCACCAUCAAAUAAAAAACAGCAAAACACCUUAUUGCAAAAAGAAUCAAAGAUAGAGGAAAUAAUUCCCAAGAAACGAUAA